AUGUCGCUAAUAGAUACAUUUGUGCAAUGCGGACUUCUCCUACUUGAGUGUCCAGCGCCGUGCGCUACCAAAAGCACCCAGUUGGCUCGGGCAAUUGCCACAUUGGAGCUUCUGGAAUCCAACAUGGCCAUGGCUCUAGUGCUCCUCGAAAAAUACCAGUCCAACUGCGUCACUUGCUUAGGCUCCGCAUCGACGUGCUACUACAUGAUGAUUGCCAGUCUCAUUGUGGCCAACAAGUUUCUGAACGACCAGAGCUACACGCUUAAAACAUGGAAUAUGGUACUUGGCAAAUGUUCGCCGAUGGACGUGCUGCUCCCACUUUUGAACCAGCUCGAGUCGCAUUUCCUUGCGGCGUUGAACUAUGCCGUGAAUGCAAAGGCCAAACCUUCCAUGUGGCAGCGCUUCAAGGCUCUAGACCAGAGCCACAUUGGCCGGUUCGAAGGCAUCAUGUCGUGCGACGUGCAGCCUGUUGCCCGGCCUUGCACACCGGUCGUGCAAUCAUUCUUAGCUACUCCACCAUUGCUGGCGAUGUAUGGCGUUGCUCCGCCCGACUUGGCUCCUUUACAAACCCCACGGUAUGUCACGUAUCCGUCGUACCGCCCAACGCCUGCCACUCCAAUGUCCAUGGAUGCAGGCGCCGUGUCGUUUUUGCCUACGCCGCUGAUUUCUGCCUGGAGGCCUCCGUGCAAACGAAGACGUCUUGGCACCAUGUACUAG